UUGGAUAAGCGCAGCAAUAAUUAUAUACAAGAAAAUGAAAACUAUUGUGGGCAUCUUCGCUGUUUUGGCGUGCUUACUUGUUCUGGCAUUCGCAGCACCAGCCAAUGAACCAGGAGUACAAUUUUUGAAAUACAGUAAUGACCAGGAGUUGGAAGCGUUACAAAAACAAAUCAUCGCUCAAUAUGAAAACCUAGGAGGCACUUCGCAAUUUCAUCAAAUACAAAGCGCCAGCGUCGUUGAUCCAGCCACUUUGAAAAUCAGUCUUUAA